UAUUCCUCUCCGCCAUCUAGCUAUCUGAAUAUAGUUUGAGUAUAAUAAUACAGUGGUGCAGUGAAGGUGAAGUGAUCAAGCAUGCUGCCUAGGAGCCGAACUCUUCCAACCAGGAUCCAUGACAGCACCCUGGACCCGGACCGCGAUGCGAGGAGGUACCUCCAGGUCGAGGCCCAGCCCAUCACUUCCAAGAUCGACGAGGACGCACCGGCCAUGGCCACCACCGGUGGCAGCAAAUGCUUCGAUGACGACGGCCGGCUAAAGCGUACAGGCACAGUGUGGACAGCGUCUUCACACAUCAUCACGGCGGUCAUCGGCUCCGGGGUGUUGUCUCUCGCGUGGGCCAUUGCGCAGCUCGGCUGGCUCGCUGGCCCCUCCGUCAUGGCCCUCUUUGCCUUUGUCAUCUUCUUCACCUCCAACCUCCUCGCUGACUGCUACCGCACAGGAGACCUCGCCACUGGCAGGCGGAAUUACACAUACAUGGACGCCGUCAAGGCCAACCUGGGCGGUGCCAAGGUCAAGGUCUGUGGCGCCAUCCAAUACCUCAACCUCUUUGGAGUUGCCGUCGGAUACACCAUUGCUGCCUCCAUUAGCAUGAUGGCAAUCAAGCGUUCGAAUUGCUUCCACGCGAGCGGUGGGAAGGACCCAUGCCACAUGUCCAGCAACAUGUACAUGAUCAUCUUCGGCAUCGUGCAGGUCUUCUUCUCGCAGAUCCCGGACUUCGACCAGGUCUGGUGGCUCUCCAUCGUCGCCGCCAUCAUGUCCUUCACCUACUCCAUCAUCGGCCUCAGCCUCGGCAUCGCCCAGGUUGCCCAGAACAAGGCCUUCCAAGGCAGCAUCAUGGGCAUCUCUGUCGGUGCCGUCACCAAGGCUGGCACAGUAACCCCCAUGCAGAAGAUCUGGCGCAACCUGCAGGCACUGGGAGACAUAGCCUUCGCCUACUCCUACUCCAUCAUCCUCAGCGAGAUCCAGGACACACUCCGAAGCCCGCCUCCAGAGACGCGCACAAUGCGGAAGGCCACCCUCGUUAGCAUCUCUAUCACCACUGCCUUUUACCUUUUGUGUGGCUGUGCAGGCUAUGCAGCAUUCGGCGACGAUGCCCCUGGGAACCUCCUCACUGGCUUCGGCUUCUACAACCCCUACUGGCUGCUCGACAUCGCCAACCUCGCCAUUGUUGUCCACCUCGUCGGGGCCUACCAGGUCUAUUCCCAGCCGCUCUUCGCCUUCAUCGAGAAGUGGGCGGCCCGGCGCUGGCCCAAGGUCGAAGAGUAUGACCUUCGGUUACACGGCCCAAAUGGGCAUGCCUGCAGGGUCAACGCGUUCCGGCUGGUGUGGCGGACAUGCUUCGUGGUGCUGACCACCAUCGUGUCCAUGCUCCUGCCCUUCUUCAACGACGUUGUUGGCAUCCUAGGCGCGGUCGGCUUCUGGCCCCUCACCGUCUACUUCCCUGUGGAGAUGUAUAUCGCGCACCGCAAGAUCAGGCGCUGGAGCACGCCGUGGGUAGGGCUGCAGGCGCUCAGUCUCGCGUGCCUUGUGGUCUCCCUGGCUGCAGCAGUAGGCUCCAUCGCUGGCGUGGUGCUCGAUCUCAAGUCGUACCACCCAUUCCGCUCAACGUAUUGAUCUGCUGGAACAAACCAGUUACAUGUGAUACUGGGAAUAGACCGUCCUUAACUCCUAGUCAUGCCUUAAAUGAAUAAAGAUCGCGCCUUUCCUCGCAAAAAA